GUCAACAAAGUAAUCUGUAGGUCAAUCAUAAAGGCUAUGGCAUUAUCUAAAAUUGAUAUUCCCCGUCGAGCCCAGCACUUUUUAGAAUGCGGCAUUGAAGACUGUGAAAGAAACUGCGAGUUCUACUGCAACUAUUGUCACAUAAGAUUGUGUAAACAAUGCAGAGAUGAACACCUAAAAAGUUCAGGAAACAAGAACCAUGAGGUGGUCCUUUACCAACAACGUGAACGACAACUUCCUGUGGAGAAAUGUAAGAUCCACCCCACUAAAGAUGUGGACAUGCUCUGUGAAGAAUGCCAAGUUCCAUUAUGUUCUAAAUGUGCUACAAAGGGAGACCACCAAAAGCAUACAUUUGUUGAUCUUGAAGCAGUCUUCGCAGAAAACUUUACACUCUGCCAACAGGAAAUCUCCAAAACUCAUGAAUAUUUUCUCCCUACAUCACAAGAUUUGCAGAAAGAAAUUAAAAAAGAUUCCUCAGAAAUCAAACAUAUCAUGCACAACAUCAGAACAUCCAUGAAGACUGAAGGUGAGACCCUGAAAAGUCUGGUGGACACAGUCAUAUCUGAGAACAUGAAGCAGGUAGACCAGAUAGAGUAUUCACUGUUAGAAGAUCUAAACACCCAAGACAAGACUUUGGAUGAUUAUAUCACUUACCUGAAUGACCUUGUCAAAGAGCUCAACAGACGUCUGUCCUCUACAAAACCCCAGAGAUUAAUGUCUGAGAAGAAAUCAAAGAUUCGAUCCAUACCAAAGACAACAAAACCAGUCAUACAAGGAUUUACUGCUGGUCAAUACAACAAAAGUGAUGUCACCAAAUUACUUUGA